AACACUUAACAGUUAGCAUUUUGUAUGGCUGUCUCAACAAAGGAUUUAGGCAUCCCCCAAUAGAAGCUGCAGUAUAGGUGCAGUUGAAGGAAUUUAAACAUGUUGUGGCUUUUGAGGACGUAUAUUGAAUAUAACAUGCUUGUUGUUAGCCUUAUUCACAGUGCACAUAUGCUUUACUCUCUCCUAUCUGAAAAAAUAAAAGCUCUUGACUUGGUUUUCAUCAAAUUAUCGCAUCAUCCUCCUUUCCUCUGCAGCCUUUUCCAUUGUGCUGAUAAGUUGUUUCUGGAUUUUCUUUUCCACUGCACUUUCUUUCACUGAAAUCAACUGAAAUACCCCUCUUUCUCUGCUGACUUGGGAUUACUGCACUUGUCUAACAAGCACUUUGCCUGCAUCUUUCUAGGCGUCAGGUGCUUUUGUCCUGUUUGCCCAUGCUCUUCGAUUAAUCAUGUUUUCUUUAUAUCUCUGAUUAUUUACACUUCCUUCACUUUCAUCCUUGCUCCCUUGUUGUUUCUGGAGUGUCUUGUUUUUGUCUCACUUUUUCAUUGCUAUAAAGGACUUUAUUUCUUAAUCCACUUCUCUCCCUCCAACUUCAUCUGUGAUUUCCCCAGACACACGAAUCCAAGUACCAGAUUUUUCUCUCCAUCAUUGAAAAGUUCAGCCUUUCACUCUCCUUGGCACCAUUCAGAUGUCUCUCUCUAGUUCCCACUCAGCAAGUUUGAAAGAGACCUCAUAGUAUUGUCUGCUUUCAGAAGUUUUUUAUUAACUUGUUUGCAAGAGCUGUUGACUGCUCUGCUAUUCUGUAUGUCAGUCAGACCUGUGAUCCAACUAUUCUUAUGAGGAUGACCUCUCUUUAAAUCUUCUUGUCCAAACUGUGCCUACACCCUACUCAAUUUUUUUAUCUGCCCAGCCUUCUCUGUGCAGACCUUUUGUUCUCAUCCUCAAGUGUAUGCAUCCCUUUCCCUGUUUCUACCUUGUUACUUUGGUUCCCAGUUAAGAUCCCUUCAAGCCAAAAGCUAAUAGCUCUGUGCUGAUUAUUGCUGCAAGCAUUAUCUUUUUAUUUCUCCUUCCUUUCUGUUCCUUCACUAUUCCCUUUUUGUUUAAUCAGAUAUGAAGUUUGUCUCUUUUUGGAAAUCUUUCCUGACAUACCCUGCUGUGAAUAAUAACUGUGGGAUUGCAUGAACGUCCUGUUGCCCAGUCUGCAGUUUGUCUUUGGUUUCCCUACUGCUUGUUUGUUUGACUUUUAAACAGGCAGGUUUAGGAUUUUGCCCCGUGUUCUUUCCCUGAUGCUCAGAGGGUACCAUAUAAAUCCAUGAAAACAUUUAAUGGUUCAUUUUUAAAAGAUUUGAUUUCUCUAAUGCUACACUCUGUGUAUGUUAACAGGCAUUUGAUAAGCUGAGCAUUUGCAGAAGCUUGAAAAGAAGGGACAAAAUAAUGUGUUGUUUCAUUAUACUGACAGGUGUUUUGUUCUGAUGAGUCAGUGACAAUCAUUCAGAUGGUGUCUGAACAGCAAGUUACUAAACGUCUCUUAAAUAGAAUUUUACAUUCUAUAUCUGUGCUGUUUUUUCAGAAUGUUUCAGUGCUGCUCUGCAGGUGAGAUGUCAGGCUAGGGAAAUACUGAGUAGAAGCAGUAACCAAUAACUAAUAAUUGAAAUUACUGCAGAUAAAAAUAUCUUAAGCUCUUGUAAAAGUACUUUCAGCUCACACUGCUUGAACAGUUUAUUACAAGUAAGAGACUUAAACUGAGAGUUGAACUGUUUUCAUAGUGUGUAAAUCAAGUCUAGCCAGAGGAAGUUAAGUUUGUGUACUUCAUCUUGCUAGGCACUUGUUUUCCCUUUUGAGACCUGGAUGUAGACCAAUUAGCACAUAGGCUAAAAUACUGGGGUUUAGUUUUGUCUCUAAUGCUUAAAGAAAUUUUGGUGCAACAGAGAGUUGAUGCUUUUAUCAAAACCUGGGAAUUGAACUUUCAGUUCUGCGGCUGCUGAGGGGAGCGCUGGGGCUGUCCUCUGAAGGCUGGCUGAGUACACGGAGCAGUUGCUGUUCUUUCUGAUAAAUGAGGAUUUCGAGCUUUAAACCACCAAGGGAAGAUUCUCCUCUCAUUCUCGUAGGCAACCUUUGUUUCUUUUCUGAACUGCUGUCCCUGAGAUGUUAGCUUAACUGAGGGACGGGGGGAUAUUUCAUACUGUUUGAAUACAGCCUGGGAGCUUGUAGCUUCUUGAAGGUACUUUCUAAAACUGUCAGUGUGCUCAGCGGCCUUGAAAAGUCACAGCAUAUGUGGAAUCACACGCUGGCACUGGCAGAUGGCUGUAGAAGCAGCAUCCCUUCAAGGAAGCUCUUGAACAGGCACAACGUUCUUCACAGGGCAUUAAGCAUUAGCAAAACACUUCUGCAACUCUCCAUGAUGUGAACUUUCAGGAGUGUGCAAAGCUACAAAACUAUAUUGAGGAUAGUUGUGCUAAAGUUGUUCUUAAAGUGUCUAAUUUCCUGCAGAGAAUUCAGACUCGGUUCCCAUUUCCUUCUCUCAAGGCAAACUUCUGUCACCAGCUAACUCUCUCACUAUGAGCAUGUUCUGGAAAGCUCUCAUUAUUCCAAAAUUACUGGAACACUCGAGGAAAGCAGCAAAUAGAAAACUUGUUUUCAAUAAGAGACGUUAUAGUACCCUUUGCCUUAUUCUUUACCCUGAGUUUUUCUGAAGAAUUGACCAAAAAACUCAGCAUUCUUUUGAAAUGUAGGACAAAGCUGGUUAGUGCUAAACCACGAGAUAGCCGUCAGUUUGGUGUAGCUGCCUCAUCUGAUCAGAAGCCUUGUCAUCUUUGUUUCCAGCAGACUUUGGCUUUGUUAGAAGAGUCUGUGUGAGAGGCUCAGUAAUCAACAGCCAGAGGGAAAGAAAGUGGUGCUAUUUUAAAGUCCUCGGAAAACAAAAGGGAGAAAAGAACCAACCAUCCCCGGCUAAGAGAUCAGAGUGCAGUGAUGGAGCUCUCCUUACUGAAUGCUGCUUGCUUUGAUUUGGAAGAGGGAGAAGUUGAAAAUGAUAUAAAGAAAAAUUUAGUUGAGACAGACUUUGUAAAAUCAGAGUCUAAGAUCUUAUUUUCUAAAAUGUGUUGCCUGCCUAUACUGCCUUAAAAGAGAAGAGCUGACUGCUCUGAGUUAAAGUACCAUUCUUGAGCAGAAGCUGAUUCUGACAGCAAGGAAGAAUUAUCCUUGAGCGUGAUACUUGGUUAUUGCAAGUUUCUCCAGUCUUGUUGGCAGUUCUGAUGCCAAACAAGACUGGAUUUAAUUCUUUUUUGAAAAAAUCAUGGAAACUUAAGCGUACUUAAGAAUCCUUCAUCUUAUGCUUUAAAAUCUUUGAUUGAUUUUAGAGUCUUUGACUUCAUUUAGGAAGAGGGAGGGAGGAUCGUGAGGUUUAUCAUUCGUAGUGCAAAGUCAAAGAAAUGGCUUCCCAAACAUGUGCUUGUUGUUAAGCCCAUAGACACGUGUUUGAGAUUUCUCUGUUUGAGAUUUCCCUUUUUUCUCCUUUUUCUCUUCUUACUUUUCAGCGUGAUUUGGAAAUAGAAGAGAAAAUUACAGUGAGCAGUUUUUAUGGCAGUCUAUCAUACAGGCUUUGGGAAGGAAAAAAGAAAACAAAACAAAACAACAAGGACAUUGUGAGCAGUCUUAGGGUUGUCUCUGUUCCUCUAUUUGUUUUCCUAACAGCUCUCUCUCUGCAGUUGUCUUAUUGUAAAACAGAUACAAGUUGCUGGCCUUUCCAUGAAAGCAUCUUGACAAUGUGCUGCUCUCCUCUUUACUUUCACUUUCACAUCUUUUUACACAGGAAACAUUUCGGUUUUGAAGCCAUUUAUGUAACACUUAUAUAAACUUUAUUAACUUUUUUUUUUUUUGUGGGAGAGGCCGUUGCUUAGUAAGCUCCUAAAAUGUACAUUGUUGUGGGAUGGCGUUAAUUUGUUCAGUAUGGGAAUAAUAUGAGUUGUGUGGGGAAAGAACAGGUGCAAGAAGUUACUGAGGUGUGAUGGUGAUUAUGUAAGUCACAGUUUUCUGUCUGUGGCAUACAGAUGCACACUGAAGGCUUGACCAUACAUUCGUAAGUAAGAAAGCAUCUUAAUAGCUUACAAGCUUUAGAUAAUUUCACAUUGGGCGUAGGAGAAUAUGGGCUCCAAAUUUAUUGAAGAUUCUGAGUCUGAAACAAUCUUAAGCUGAUAAGGAUCAUUGGGCCACCUGUCCAGGCGAGUUGCAUCUUUGGAUAUUGUCUCGUGUGACUGUCUGGAUGGAAGGAAGGCAUGUGGAAAGGAAGAAAACCUUCAAAAAUGCAGCAGGAUCCAGAGAGGAAUGGAGACUCCAUUGGAUGUUUUAUCAAGAGCAGCCUCUCUGGUACAUGCUGAUGAUGAGAAGCGUGAAGCAGCUUUAAGAGGUGAGCCCAGAAUGCAGUCUCUCCCAGUAUCCUCUGCUCUAACCAACCAUCGGACAGGCCCUCCUCCGAUCAGCCCCAAUAAGAGAAAGCUCAGCAUGGACCAAGGGGAUGAUGAGAUAGACUGUGAAAAUGAACAUGUUUCUAAAAUGAGUCGAAUGUUCAAUCCACAUCUAAACAAGACUGCCAAUGGAGAUUAUCGGAAGGAGCACAGAGAGAGAAGUCGCAGCCCGAUAGAGAGGGCUGCUGCCCCAACCAUGAGCCUUCAUGCCAAUCACAUGUAUGCCUCAAUCCCAAGUCUGACGAUGGAUCAACCUCUCGCACUGACCAAAAACAGCAUGGAUGCAACCCGAACAGUUGGCAUCACACCUACACUGACUUCUGUGGAACGGCAGCAGAACCGUCCGUCCGUCAUCACGUGUGCUUCUGCCAACAACCGGAACUGCAACCUCUCUCACUGCCCCAUUGCUCACAGUGGCUGCGGUUCAGCAGUGCCUGCCUACAGAAGACCCUCUAGCACUACCACUGCCUGUGACCCAGUGGUGGAAGAGCACUUCCGCCGAAGCCUUGGCAAGAAUUACAAGGAGCCUGAGCCAGUGGCAAACUCUGUGUCCAUCACAGGAUCAGUCGAUGACCACUUUGCCAAAGCACUUGGGGAUACAUGGCUUCAGAUUAAAGCCGCGAAGGACGGAGUGUCGAGCAGUCCUGAGUCUGCUUCACGGCGGGGCCAGUCUUCCCCAUCCUCCCACAUGGUCAAUCAUAAUCACUCGCCCUCUGUUGUCUCAUGAAGAGAGGACCGUUAUGUUUGUGAAUUUGCAUGGUUUGACUGAGCUUUGAACAGUGCUUAAAAUAGUGUUGGGGGAGGGGAGAUUAGUUUUCAACACACGUGUUUUGCGUACUCACUUUUUAUUUGUAAAAGGGUGCCCUUAAAGAUGAUAGCAGGAACUAUUUCAUAAAGAUUCAUAUGAUGUAGCAUCCUUUUUCCUGCCUCAGUUACCAAAGAAACCUCUGAUGCAAAUCUGCUGCCCCUUAAAAAAAAAAAAAUGCACGCUAAUCCACAAAAGCCAUUACACGUAGUUGGUUGACCCAAAUGCUUUUUGCUUUUACUAGCUUCUUGAGACUAGAAUUUGUCUGGUUUGCUUACAUUACCUUUUUUUUUUUUUUUCUUUUCUCCCUCUGUGAAGUAAUUUUGUAUGUAUAUACUUGAAAAGAACUGUCAUGUAUGAUUUGCACUAUUGGAGGAGGACUGAAGUUGCAUAGCAACUUUCUGGAAAGAUGCUAAUAUUUUGAGGGCAAACUGCUGAAAAAAAAAAAAAGGUUUAAGGAUGACAUUUCUAUCAGUUUGAUUUUUCUUAAAGCAAAACAGCUUUGGAAGGGGAAGUCUCAUACAGGUUAUAGGUCUUUCUCUCUUUAGAUUUCAGGUGCUUAGUGCUUGCAACUGGACUGCAUAAUUUACAGAACACGGGCAUUUUUUCCUAAACACUGCAGUUUGUUAGAAUAGAGCUGAGGUUGGAGGGUUCAAUAGUGCUUAACGAUGCAUGUUUUAUGAAAAAUAGCUGGUAUCUAUUAAUGUAUAGACAGUAAGAAUCAUAAUACUUAUUAGCUUUUCUUCAGAAUUAGUUUAUUUUUGUCAGUAACAAUCCUAGAUAUACUUACUGCUGGUACAGUUGUACUCUAUGAUAUUUGUAUUUGAUAUUCACUUUAGUAGCAGCCAGCAAAAGAGGACAGCCUCAGGACAGGCCUCAAACGAAGCAGGUUAGAAGUAGAUGAUGCGUGGUACAGGAUGCUAUAGCUUUGCGCACGGCUGAGUCGUCGUUUCUGUCUGCAGCCCUGUCUGCUUAGCAGAACUUGCUUCCUACAACUAAGUCUGUGUAAUCCACCUUUAAGUAGCUGCAGAAACUGCUACCGUUGCGUAUCUUGGCUGGACAACAGAUUGUUACAGUUUGUGAAAUGCGAUCUUUGAUUUUUGUAAGCUUAUUCAUAAACCUAUGCCAAGUUGCAGCAUACAUUCCUCCAUUAGAGAACUUUAUACAGGUAUUACCGCAUUUAUUGUAUUAAUAGCUACUAACUAGAAAUUAGGCAAUAGAGGCAGGCAUAAAUCCCACCGCUGUGCUAGUACGAAGCGCUUCUCCUUGUUAUGUAUAACUUCUCUCCCCAUACAUUCCAUCUUCCCAGUACAGUUGCAACUAGGCCUUCGUUUUUAUACUGGGUUACCUGAAAGGAUUGGUUCAGUGUAAAAAGUUAGAACUAGUUGGAAGAUGAACUACACGUGAUGUAUUAUGGACUGUGUUACAGUAUUGGGUCCAUUGUGGCUUUUAUGUUUGGUGUUGUUUGGUUUUUUGGUUUUUUUUUUGUUUUUUUUUUAAAGUUAAGCUAUUUAAUUUGGAAGAGGUGCAGGGUAGAAAGAUCAGGAGAUUGGCUCUGACUUGUUGAGAGGUGGCUGCUCAAUUUUCUUUGAAAAAUUUUUUUAAAAAAGGAAAAAAAAAACCAACAAAAAAAAAACAAGAAAACCCCUAAGCCCCCA